CAGAUGUUGUUCUGACCAAAAACACGCUAACAUUUUGCAGUCGUGUUGCUUCUGCAAUGGAUAAAUACAACAAAACGAGUUCACGUGAUUUGCUGUCAUGUGGCAACGGUGGAGGUCUGGUUGAGAAGUUGCUCCUUAAAUCAUCAGAUGGCCUCAAGACAGAAAGAAUCCCACAAAGCAGCGUGAUGGAACGGCUGCAGUGUUUCCUCCCGCAGAUCGCAGAAGCCAAUCAAAAGCUGAAGCGGCAGAUGGAGGAAACUCCCGCGGGACAUUUCAACAUAGAGGACGUCGAGACGGCAGAGAAAGUGAUCGAGAUGGACGUCGCUCUGGUCGAGCUCAGCGGAUCGGAGGACGACGACGACGACGACGAGGAGGAUUCUUCGGACUCUGAGGAGGAAUCCCACAUAGUUCUAACUGAGCGCAACCUUAAACUACCGGGGCACAAAGGCAAGAAGGACAUAAUCAACAUUCAGGUUGUGGAGCAGGCGGAGAAAUAGUUGUGUCGUCCGUACGGGAGAUUUAGAACUUUCUUUGAAGAGGUUUGUCAGGACCUCGCUGCCUCAACUUAUUUCAACUCUCCUGUACUGAAAUGAAGAGCAUCCAUCCCCACGGGAACAGUUUGCACUCACUCAGAUCGGAGUAAAGUCAUUUGCCUUAAAGGUCGGAAUAGAUCCCGCAACCGCGUCGUGCUCGUCCAACGGGGAUUCUGGUUUUUCUCAAUUCUCUUAGUUCAUUAUGAAUAACAACGUAUGAUCUAUGUAAUAAAAGUGGUCCGCACACCAGUUGAUGUUC